AUGUCUAUACCAAAAGUGGUAACCCCAAGCUACACUCGGGCUUACCAUGCGGCGCUGCAUAGGGAUUCCCUGCAGCACUUACCUUGUCCUGCGCUCCCGCGAUGUGUCCCCUGCAGCGUCCCCGGCCAUCUCCUCCGGCCGAUGCCGGCAUCCGGCUUCUGUGUACCGGUCCCUGUGACGCCGGAACGUACGGGCGCCGCCGGCGGCGGGAAAUUUGAAAAUUUAAAAAAAAAUGUCAUUUUUUUGAAAAUACAUUUUUCAUAUGCUUUGUCCUGUGCCCUGCCUGCUUUUUGUCUGUUCUUUCUG